AUGGCGGGUAUCAUUGUUAGAAACAUAUAUCCACACACCGAAUACACGAUCGUGCCGGGCCCUACAGAUAGUCGAAGACAGGACCUCUGUAUAUUGGAAUUUUACAACGCGACUGGCGCAUUGAACGCAACCUACAUAGCUCUGUGGUUUUGGAGCAUUGCCAGUACCCACGGUAACCGCGAUAGUGCUGCCAGCGCAACGACAGAGGUCGGGCAACCAAGCGAGGAUGUGGAGGGCGAUGAGAGUUCUGAGGAAGGUGCUCAAGAAGGCGACCCGGCUGAAGGUGAUGCUGCCGAGGGGGCAGAUGAAGCUGCUGAAGGAAUCGAUGCAGAUGGGGUCGAAUACAACGACGGAGAGGAAAACCAAAACGACAACGAUGACAAUGAAGGAGACCAAGGAAAUGAAGAUAAUGGAGACGCAGGAGACCAAGAAAAGGGGGAUGGUGGAGAUGGAGACAAUGGAGACGAAGAAAACGGAGACGGGAAAAUGGGGAUGGAGAGACAGGCGAGGAAGACGAAGACAGCGGAGAUGGAGAGACAGGCGACGGCGAUGCAGAUAACGGAGACGCAGACAAUGGUGACAAAGGAGACGACGGAAGGGAAGGUGAAAGAAGAGGAGCCAGAAGAACAGCCAGAAUCUGAGAUAGAGGAUGGGCCAGAAGAGGAGCCAGAAUCCGAUCCAGAAGAGGAACCGGAUGACGUACCUGAAUCAGAGCCAGAGGAAGAGCCAGAAGAUGGGCUUGAAUCGGAACCUGAAGAGGAGCCAGAGGAGGAACCUGAAGAAGAGCCCAAAGAAGUGUCGGGAGAUAAGGAAGAGGGGGAUAAGGAUGAGGAUGAUGAUGAAUUUAAUCUUGUAUGGAUCAAAGAUGAUUGGAUUGUUGGAGAGCCGCGUUCGAUAACUGACAUGGACCUUGACUUCUAA